UCGACCCGAGAGCACACAACCGAUGCUUCUUCGCUCGUCCUUCGUUAUCUCGAUAAUAUUGCUCGCGACGCGAUGUUUCGUCCUCGCGAUCGAGAAUGCCACUACUGCUACUGUCGUUACGUUGCGUACGAGACUCGGUACGAUUACGGGUACUACGAUGACGACGAGCAACGACGGAAAAGCGAUCUACGCCUUUCGCGGGCUGCCCUACGCGGAGCCACCGACUGGACGGCAAAGAUUCAAACCGCCUCAAGCGGUGAAGCCGUGGGGCGAUCGUGUACUCGACGCUACCCAAGAGGGCCCGGCUUGUCCGCAAGCCAUCGGCAUCAACAUGUCGGAGGACUGCCUCGUCCUCAACGUGUACACCAAGCAAUUGAAUCCCGAUGGUGCUGUUAAGCAGCUCUCGCCCGUCGUCGUGUUCAUUCACCCGGGCGGAAUGUAUCAAAAGUCCAGUCAGAGUUUCGUCUUCGGCCCGGGCUAUCUGCUCGAACGCGACCUCGUGCUCGUCACCAUCAACUACCGCCUGGCCACUCUCGGCCUCGCGAGCACCAACGAGGCCCGUUUUCCGGGUAAUCUCAGCUUCAAGGACGUCGUGUGCGCCCUCGAGUGGGUGCGCGAUCAAAUUGUCUCCUUCACUGGUGACCCCGGCUCGGUAACCGUUACGGGUCAGAGCGCCGGCUCGAGGAUCAUCACCAUGCUGAUGGUGUCCCCGAUGGCGCGCGGACUGUUUCAUCGAGCCAUAGCCAUGAGCGGAAGCUUGAUAACUCCGAUAUCACCGCGCGCGGGUCAGCGCGAGCUCGUCCUGAAACAGGCCAGAUUGUUGCAGUGCCCGACCAGUCGACGCAGCGACGACGACCGGAUGUACAGGUGCCUGAUGAGUCGACCCGCGGAGCUCUACGGCUCGACCGUGGAGUCGUUCAUGGAGUGGCAGGGAAAUCCCACGACCAUCUGGUAUCCGACGAUCGAGCCCAGCGACACGCCGCUGGAGCAGAGAUUUCUUCUGGAAGAGCCACAAGUGUCGAUGCUCAAGGGCGAUAUACACAACGUGCCGCUCGUCAUUGGCAUUACUCUGGACGAGUUCAAGUUCAAAGCUUUUCCUGGAUCGUCGGAAUCGCUCUUGAAAAACGACUCGAUGUUCAAAGUGUUGGCCAAAAAUUGGUACGAGCUGGCGCCCAUCGCCUUUCAGUACGAACGCGGCACGGCACGCUCGAGGUGGAUCAGCGACAAGCUACUGGAUUACUACUUCAAGAAUCAAACCAUCAGCUAUCAGAAUGCCGAUGCUCUUGGGCAGCUGUACGUUGACGCGAUCGUGCACUUUCCCGUAUACCGUACGGCCAAUUUGAUAGCUCGAAAUUCGGCGGCUCCGGUUUAUUACUACGUGUUCACUUAUCAGGGCCCCUACAGCAUCUACAGGUGGCCGGACACCAAAAAACCCAAAGGAGGAAUAGCCCAUGGAGACGAUCUGCAAUAUCUUUUCACGACGACGAAUUGCAUCUACUACGCCAACGCCGAAUUUCCAGCUUACAAUCGCACCGAUCCGCCCUACCUUUACGUCAGGCGCUUGACAUCGAUGUGGGAGAGUUUUGCAAAGGGCGGAGAUCCACUGCCCAAGGAUGUUUUUGGGAAUAUUACUUGGGAGCGUUACGAGGAGGGUAACAAAUAUUACAUAGAGUUUAGCGAAGAUGUCACGCUUAAGAGAGAUUUCCACAGAGAGACGAUGCUUUUUUGGGAUAGCUUGUUUCCUAUUUGAGUAUUUAAUUGUAGAAAAAAAUGUGCUGAAUCCUAGAGCUGAUCUCAAAUUAUGAAAGUACAAAUAUUAUUAAAAACUACUGUCGAAACAUCGGCAAAGAGCUUUCUCUUUAAA